AUGUCUCAAAACAAGCGUGUGAGAAUGCCAUAUUGUCAAUUAUCACAAGAAGAAAAGGACAGGAUAAACGCACGAAGGAGAGCUUUAUAUGCAGAAAAAAGAUCGCGACAUGAAAAUACAUUCAUACCAGUUCAGAUACAAGGACAAGUAAGUGCAGAAGAAAAUAUUGAGUCAAGCUUACCUAACAGCUACAUAGGAGAUAAUACUUACAAUGAGGAGGAACUGGUUUAUGACCAUAAUACUACUGCUAUGGAUCCUCUGGGAGUACCAUCAACUUCAACAGGUCAUAACAAAUAUAGAAUUGAUAAUGCUUCAAAUUAUACUAUUCAUGUAGCAGUAAACACUUUGAUGCCUCUACAAACUCUACAGCAGCGAACUAUACCAACUGAAGUAUACAAAUUACCACAUGUGCAAGAUUGCCGACAUUGUGGUGCAAAAAAAUUUCCUUAUGAAACAGCCAAAUUCUGCUGUUCUGGAGGAGAAGUUCGUCUUUAUCCAACUGCUAUUCCUUUUGAGCUCCAACAAUUAUACUCAGGUGCAGGUCCAGAUUCUAUGCAUUUCCUGCAGUACAUAAAACCCUACAAUGAGAUUCUCGCAUUUACCUCGAUGGGUGUCCAUCUGGAUCCAGCAUUUGCAAAGCGAGUUAAUGGAAUUUACACUUUCCGAGCACAAGGGCAAAUCUAUCAUUUUAUUGAUAGUCUUUACCCUUCGGGACAUAUGCCAUCAUAUUUGCAGUUAUAUUUUUAUGACACAGAGAAGGAGGCUGAACUGAGGAUAGGUGAUAAAGACAAAUUACAACCCCGUAUUAUUUCAACCUUGAUUGAUCUGUUACAAGCAAAUCCAUAUUCGCAGUUUUUUCGUGGUCUAAGGCAUUUGCCAAAUAUUGAUGAAUGCCAAAUCAUUUUGAGAGCUGAUCCUAAGAUACAAGACUACACUGCCUUGCCGCCAACUGUGCCACAAGUUGCCGCAAUCUGGAUAGAAAAUGAACAAGCUGCGGAAUUACAAGAGCGUGAUAUUAUUGUUCAAAAACAUGAUGGUCAUAGUCAAACAAUCAGUCAUUAUUAUGGUUGUUACGAUCCUCUUCAAUAUCCACUCCUAUUUCCAUUUGGAGAACCAGGAUGGCAUCAAGGAAUCCAAAAAAUUAAAACAUCAAGUACCUCACAAUCUUGUUUAGGACAAGGCAGAGUCUUACCAGCACAAUCAUCAACAGCAGAAGAGCUAAUUGCCAAUGAAACAGCAGGUAAAUCUGGUUACUUCCUCUAUGCAUUUGAUUAG